UGAUCUUCAUAGAUUAAUGUUUAGUAUCAUAGCGACAUGUCAUAUAUAUGUAACAUUCCACUCCAAAAAGGAGGAGUUUCGCCAUCCAAAUUGGUAUGCACCUCACAUUCUCUAAUCCUUGCUUGAAGGGGUCUCCUGGUUUCUGCUCCAUUUUAUCAAUCUCCCAUUUCGGGUCUUUCUUGAGAGAGAAGGGAAAGAAGGGGAAGAAGCUGCUGAAAGAGUCUCAUUCUUUGCCCUUUUCUUUUGACUCCCAAUUUUCUCGUUCUUCAAUUUCGAACUCUUGACUUCCCCAGCAAUAGAUCCAGAUGUCCUAUAUUUCUGCUGGAAAUUUUUGAUCCUAUUGAUUAAACAUUGUCGUUUUUUGCAGAUUUCUUUGAAUGAAUCGUAUUUUGCUUUUUUCCAGAGGACAAUCCCCUUGAUCUUCUCUCUCAGUUAACCAUUCGAUCAAUUCUCUAUUCUUCUUUCUCAAUUUCUGCAAUUCAUCCCAGUUGCUUCAGAUUUUUCGAUUUAUUUAUAAUUUUAUUCCUCGAUCUUGAUUAUUUAUUUUCUUGGAAUCUCUGCCUAAUCCAUUGCAUUUCCAGCUCAUUCAUCUGGGAAUGUUCUAUAUAUCGGUUUUGCGAAAGGACCUUGCUGCAAUGGCAGAAAAAAAAUGACAGAAGGCCUGAUUGUUUUGCUAUAACGUAAUUCAUUUCUAGAUUUGGGUUUGUUUUCUCUGAUAAUGGGUUGCGUAAAUUCGAAGAAAAAAUUAUGCCAGAAUUGCCAGGCGCCGGUGCGGCGGAGCUACUCAAUGAACGUCCGCCGUCCGUCGGGAAAAUCAGACGAUAGCCACCAUGUGGUGGCUUUUGCUUCAUCCACAUUAGGUUCUUUGAGGCUUGAUACAUUGAAUCGGCAUCAUCCAUUUAAUCAGAAUCAUUUUAUAGAAGACGAGAUUCCGUUUGGAAAUGUGGGAAACAAUAAAGAGAAAGUGAUUAAAGAUGAGUUCAAAAUGGAGAUGAUCGAGGCAAAAACUUGGUCAGAAAUGAUCAACGAGAAAAUCCCAAAGGUGUUUGCUAAAACGCCUACAAGAACUCCUCCGGGUGAGCCGGAGACUAUCAAUGUUUGGGAAUUGAUGGAGGGUCUUGAGGAUUCUUGCCCUCUAAGGCCUCCUCACCAUCUUCGUAGUUUUUCUUUCCAGGUUCCACGUAAUCCAUAUUUGUCAUGUCUUGAUGAGCAAUCGACGCCAAGAUUGAAAGAAAAUGGUGAAGCAUCGUCCACUGCGUUGCGGUCCGAUAGGACUGAUAAUGACUCGAAUUUGAAUUCGACUUCAAAUGGUAUGUCAGUCCAUGUUCCGCAAAAUCCUAUUUUGUCUCAUCUUGAUGAUCAAACUAUGCCAAGACUGAAAGAAAAUGAUGAAGCGCCAUCCAUUCCAUUAUGGCCCGAUAUGUCUGACAAUGACUCGAACUCGAAUUCGAAUUCAAAUGAUACAUCUAUAGUUUCAGAAUUUGAUCCUGAGGUGAUUUCCACUUUUCGGAAAGCACUCGAGGAUCUUCCUCCGGCCAAUCCGUUCCACCUAAAGUCAUUGGACAGUGAAAACCAGGCAGUAUUGACCGGAAAGGAUCAGCUUUUGGAGGUAAAAAAUGAUGAGCAAAAAGCAAAUGGCACUUUCGCGGGGAAUCGGGUUAAUGCAGCACGCGGUACAGGCAAAGUGAUUGUGUAUUAUACAAGCCUAAGAGGUGUGAGAAAGACAUACGAGGAUUGCUGCCAUGUUCGAGUGAUUCUAAAAGGGUUAGGUGUUAAGGUUGAUGAGAGGGAUGUAUCAAUGCAUUCAGGAUUCAAGGAGGAGCUGAAAGAGUUAUUGGGGGACGGGUUCCGGGGGGGCUUGCCAAGAGUUUUUGUGGGACAGAAGUAUGUUGGCGGGGCAGAGGAAAUCCGGCAAAUGAAUGAGGAGGGAAGGCUCGAAAAGGUGGUGGAAAGCUGUGAACUGGUGGAGGACAGCGGUGGUGGAAGUGGAAGAAUUGAGGUUUGUGAAGCAUGUGGGGAUAUUAGAUUUGUACCUUGUGAAACAUGUUGUGGGAGUUGUAAAAUAUACUUCGAGCGUGAUUUUGAGGAAGAAUACGAUGAAAGUGAACAUGAAUAUGGCUUUCAUCGAUGCCCUGAAUGCAAUGAAAAUGGACUUGUACGAUGUCCAAUGUGUUGUGAUUAAAUACAUGUUGCUUGAGCAAGAUUUUUCCAUUUUCGGGUUUUUCAUUUCCUUUGUGAGUCGUUUGUUGUACAUAAGUGGCUUGUCUCUACAGUACUAAACAAUAUUACGAAUAAAUAUGAAAUCAUAAGUUUAUUAAAUGCCCAUUUUUAACUCG